AUGAUUCGUAAUGGUAUUAAAUAUUCAAAUCAAUCAGUAUCAACUGGUGAUGAUUAUCCUCUAUGGUGGCUUCAACUUUCAACUCAUAGAGUUUUAUCUGAUUUUAUUACAUAUCAUGAUGAACAACAGAAUACGAAUUUAACUUUUAUUUCUUCAAAACAACAAGAUCAAUCAAUUCAAACAGUUACUGAACAAGAUACAGAAAUUGAGCGCGUAAAAUAUCGAACAUCAUCAUCAAUAGAAUCAUCACCUAUUCGAAAUUCUUCAUCUUCUGUAAUUAUAAAUAAUCAUUAUGAAAUUAUUGAUAAAAUUGAUGAUGGAAACAAUGCAAGAAGAUUAUUACCUUGGACUUAUCAUCAUCGUCAAAAAAUUGGUUCAUAUGGUGAUUUAGAUCCUCAUUUAAGUGAUUCUCAAUGUAAAACUUCAUCAAUUUGUGAAAAUGAUCGUUUACGUCAAGAAAGAACAUUAUCAAAAUAUUCCGAUACUGGUUAUAAUUCAUAUGCAUCAACUAUUGAUCAAUCAUCAUGUUCAACACUUAGUCCUUGUAGUAUUCUAGUUCCAUAUCGUUAUUAUACUAAUACAACAAAUCAAAGAAUACAAACAAAAAGUUCAGAAAAUACAUCAACAGCUGUAUUAGCAACUUUAUUUGAAAGAUAUGAAAGAACAUUACGUGAAAGACAACAGCCUAUUGCAAUUGUUAAUAAUGAAUUAUUAAAUAUUGAUGAUAUUAUUAAACAUUAUAGAGAAAAACUACGAAGUUCAAUAACAACAAAAUCGAAUACAACAGCACAACUUUAUCAAGACAUAUUUGCAUUAUCAUCUCAAUCAAAAGAAGAAUGUUCAUCAUCAUCAGAAUUAGUAAAUCAUUUAACAAAAAUAAAAUAUCGAUCAAUACCAAAUAGAACACCUAAAGAAAUGCUUAAAGGUUAUAUUCCAUCACCUCGAAUAUUUAUACCAAAUUCAAUAUUAAGUUCUCUUCGACGACGACAACCACGUUUUGAUUAUUGUGAUUUAUAUUUAAAUGAUUAUAAUAAAAAUUCACUACGGAUUCGUUAUAAUGAACAACAUAUUGAUCAAAUACGAAAACGUAUUGAUUUAAUGUUACAAAAUGAUGAUAAUGAAGAAAUUAAAUUUUUAUUAUCGAAUAUAGAUCCAAUAAAAAAACGUACUGGUGAUAAUCUUAUGAGAAAAUCCAAACGUCGAAAUCAUAUAACUAAUUAUUAUGAUCGAAUUCUUUUACCUCAUCGAUGUAAUUUUCGUUUACCGUGUCGUCUAAAUCAACCAUUAUCAAAGUCUUCUCGUUUAUUAACACGAAAUAUAAUACGAUCAACACCUCUAAUAUCAAAAUCAGUACGAAUUUCAACUAAUCAUGAUUAUAUUCCAAAUAAAACUCAUCUUCAUAAACAAACAUCAUCAUUAAAAACUCUUUCUCGACCAAGUGUUUCAGUUUUACGUCGUAAUUAUUCAACAUUAACACCACGUUUACGUCGAUUAGUUGAACCAUCACAUAGAUGGAAAAGUAAUAUUGAUCGAACAGUUUAUAUACUUGAACAAUUUAGUAUUCCACGUUAUUAUCGUUUAUAUACUGAUGUUACUUUUAGAGAAAUUUACAAUUUUUCACAUAUACUUCAAUCAUAUUUAAAUCAUAAUCUAUUAACUUCAAAAGAUUAUUCAUCGAUUAUUAAAAACUUUGCAUUAGAACAACAAUUACCAACUAUAACAAGCGUAGCAUAA